AUGACGAGCCUUGCAGAAGAGUCAUUCUCAAAAGAAGCUUUCAAUUUUUCCAAGUACCUUAUUGAAAGGACGCCAAACGAAUGGAAUGAGCUUGACUUCCUUAAUUGGCUGAAUGGAGUGAUGAGCUGUUUUGCACGAAUUUACCACUUAAAGACCGAAAAACAAGAUGGCAUGGUCGGUUUAGGAAAGCAGUGGAGAAUGUUAGAUCUCGGUGUAAAACCAUACCGCUACAGAGACAUGGCUCAGUCCGUAUGGUUAGCCGUUUUUGGCAUACAGUAUGUUGUAACCGAACAGGCCAGUAUAGGAAGCUCGGGUUCAGGACAUCUCUGUAACCGUACCGUUAUAGAGACAUGGCUUAGUCCGUAUG